GUCCCCACUCCUCUGGUUACCGUCGCUUUUCGAGCAAAAUGUAAGCUAAUGCGGAAAAUUGAAGGCUUAUUCUUAAAGUAAGGUUAAGGGAAGGUUUGCAGGAAAGGUAGAGCAACUUCCUUGUUAAAGAAAUCUCGUAAUCUGCAAGAUUCACGGGACAAGAAGUCUUUAACUUUUUUACAAACAACUAAAUAUGGCGUCUGCAAGCGUCGCUUUAUGUACUCCAAGAAGCUCUUCUUGCUCGACAGGUGAGUGGACUGACAGGGUGGACUAGACUUAAGCUUACUAGUUUAUGAGAAUAACGCAUGACUUCUGUGAAUCUUUUGCCCCUUUGGAGAAUGGGCAAUGAUUAUUGUUGUUAAUAUUGUUUGGCUGGCAAACUCGAAACGAGCAGAUACUAAAGUUUUUUAACAAAAGCGACCAAGGGAUUUUGUUCAAGAGUGUUAGCGCAGUUGUUUCUGGCAUAACCUAAAUAAAUGAUGAAAACUCAAAUGGUCGUAAGUUGAUAGUUUUAUCUGGUUUUAUACAGCCCUCGAGACCUUCGACAGUCGCCGUGAAGCACUGAAUAAGCUGAUUCUUUCAAAGGGUUGAACUUUGAAAGCCUUUUCUCAUCAAUGCUUUACAAAAGUCGCCGUUAUCUUUAUAAUCGGAUGGACUUUAAUUUGCCAAUCAAUUUUGUUUGUAAAGUCCCUGCAAAUUUUGCUUGGUCUUUUGAUAACUUCAUUAGCAUUAUUCAUUACCAGUUGAAUGAUUUAAUGCUUAGUGAGUUCUAUAUGUCACUUAAGACCUUGCUAAUUGAUUUUGAAUUUAUAGUUUACAAGGACAAUCAGAUAAAACGGUUCUAGAACUGUGCUUUACGAACGAUCAGUUUUAAAUUGCAGAUGUAGCACAUAUCAACUUUGUAAAAUGUAAAACUUUGAAAGUUUUUAUGUAAAUUAGUAAGGAAAGUCUGAACUAACAGGAAGUGCUAAGUGUGUGGUGGAAAAGUUUGUAUGAAAUUUGAUAUUUCUUAAAAUUUGAUCUGUUAAAUGUCUUUUAGCCAAACCUCUUAAAAAGUGUAACUUCGCAAUGGUCAUGGGACAGAUCAAGUGAAAAGUUUGGUGAUGUAAGCAGGUUUUGAUCUUGUAAUUUCCGAGAAAUGGUCUAUUUUUGUUACCAUGGCAUUACUGAAUCUCACAAGGGGUUUUCUACCACCAAUUGUUUCUUCCCUUUUAAGGAAAAAAUACUUAAGAAAUAACACAUCAGAGUUAUUUUGCCAUGAUGGAAAAUUAAGCUCACAGAUGCUGAAUUCAUGCUGCUGUAAGUUUUGUUUCUUUUUGUCUGAUCUCCAAAUAUUUGGCUCAAAGUCAACAGAAGUAUCUUAAUUAUAGGAGACAUUUUGUUAAAAUUUAGUAUCAUCUCGGUUGUAAAUGUAUUCUACCCAACUUGGUGAGUAUAAAACUAUUGCUGAGGCUGUAGUAGAGAUGUAGAGUAAAAACUUUAAAGAUUAUUUUCUUGUCAUCUUUACUUCUCAUAUUUGCUAAAUUCCUGUACAUAAAAGUAAAACUCUACUAGUGUUCUGCUACAAAUGCCACAGUUUUAUUUAUUGGUUCAUAUGCUUGACAUCAGUAUAUUGUAAACUGCACAAUACAAUAUAGUAUACCAACGGUUGUAAUCUGCACAUUGUGUUUAUAAUUAAUAUUAAACUGUUAACCACUGAGCUAAUAAAAUUGUAAAAAUGCUCAAUGUGUUGUAAUCUGCUGAAGUGUUUGCUGUCCAAUAAUUGUUUGCAAAGUGUGGAAGUCCUAAAAGGUCAACAAAUCAAUCCUCCCUUGUUAACCAAGAAAUUAAAUUGAAAGUGUAAAAGAGUAUUGCCAACUCAGUCGAAUAUUGUAAACCGGAUUUUCAACCGUUUGGGAUAAUCACAGGGUCAAUAUGGGACUAAACUCAGGUGAAUUAUCCAGUUUUGUGCUGCGUUAUAUAUUUCAUGAAAGCUUUUAAGCCAGAAAAUCCAAAAUGCAGUCUCACUUUUACUGUUGCAGGGCUGUCACUAAGAUUUCAAGUUGCUGGGUAAAUACAACAAGCAGGCAGCUAGGGAUUUGUUUUGGUUUUAUUUUUCUUCUAUUUUCCUAUGAAAGUAGCUGAGGACCACAUCCUUAGUAGUCAGGAGAAAUCCCUGACCCCUGCCUCUUAAUGACAGCCUUGACUGUUGUGCAGCUGACAAAUAUUAUUGUACAGUGUUGGAGUAAUACUAGGAACAUAUGGCAUAGGUUUUUGUGGAUGAUUGAAGCUGUAUGCUUGGAAAACAGAGAUGUGGACUGUUUGUUAAUGUUUCACAACUUUCCUUAAGUAGCUUUGCAAACAAUCUGUUUCAUGAAGGCAAGAAAUGGUGCAAAAUAUAUUGCACAGUUUACAAGAUACUGUGUAUAAUUUAAUACUUUGUAGGGAAAAUCUAUAAUUCUCGGGGUAUAAAGCAAGUAUUCAACCUAUUACUGUUUGUAAAUUGUGUUAGAGUUUUAGCCUUGUAGCCUACUAGGUUGAAUUUAAUUAAGUGCUGGUUUUGUGUGAAUAUAGAUUUUACAGAAUUUGUUGUGCAGUAAAAAUUAAGUCCUCACGAUCUAUCAGCUAUUACCCUGCGAGCAGAGGCUACAUUUUCGCGGUAUGAGCUGGCGUGCGGAAAGUAGCCUCUGCCGACAACCGUUCAAUUUUCUAUCGUGCAUGCGCAAAAUUCGUCACGCGAUUCGCAAGCAACUGGUUCGUCAAAUCUGCGUGAGUUUCAAGGAAAACUACCUGCGAACUACUCUCCUCGAGCUUCUGUUUUGUUUUUCUGCUUCGCCCUUCUGGUUUUAACUAUUUUAGCCGCAAAAUUUCCACGGAUCGUCUUUUUUUAGGAAAGUAUUUUUAUGCUAUCAACUGUAGUAAGUUCUGUCUGUUUUGGCGAGAAGCACAUUUUUCCGGCUUUAAUAUUACCUAUUUAUAGUUGUGCUCAAAGUGAAAAUGAAAUUACCGACAACGCCACGCAGAAGUGAUGUUUGAAAUAAAUUGGAUGCUGUAGUCUCACGAUUGUGUUUUAAACUAAUGUUAUGAAUGAACAUAGACAAAACAGUAGUCAAAAAAAAUUAUUUAUCGAAAAAUUUUUAUUCGACAACCCAUAAUUUUAUCCUUAAAAGCAAUUAGCGUAAUACUAACUGGAUUGUGGAUCAUUUCACAUAGUAAAAGCUGCCAAGACAUCAAAUGUCAACGCCAAAAUCCGUCUCAAGUCGUAUAAAACAUCUAUGAAACAACUAUAAAUACUUAAAUUUCCAUUUAAAACGGAACUUCCUUGACCAUUGAUGUGCAAGUUGUACCUGAAAAUUCUUUAAAAACUUUGCCGCCUUGGUUUCUUUUCAGAACAGGAGAAGCUUUCCACCGUGAAGAAACCAACCAGGUUGAAGUCCUUGAGGGCGAAUCAGUGUUCAGCCAAAAGCUUUUUUUCUACUUUUUCCACCAAAAGAAAACUGAUCGAUGAUUCUUUUGAACAUUCCGGUUCCCAUUUGUGUCUUAAAACAGUGCAUUUAGCCUUACAUUGAGAGGCGACACAACAAAAAUCACCGCAGUAUCCAUUUUCUUUUCCUGGCAAACAAGAACUACCAUAAUGAUAAAUUAACGAUCUUUACACGGUCCCGUAUAAAGAAGCACCGGCAGCAGCUUGUUUUGGUAUUCCGACAGCUUUAAAAUACAGAGCUUAUUCAAGUUGUUGACGACGCUCUUUUAAACACAUAAACAGGAAUGUUUGAAGUUGUUUUGAACUUUUCCUGUUGCUACGUUCGAAACUACGUUGAUCCACGUUCAGUAUCACGAGAAUUUGGCGCGAAGGAAUGCAUGAAGGCGCAGUAAUGGUCAGCGUUCAUUCGCUGACGCAAGACUCACGCAAUGCUCUAAACCGGUCAAGAACAAGAAAAAACCGGUUUUUUUUAAUUUAUUCGUCCAGAUUUCUGGACGGAUUUGAACGGUUGUCGGCAGAGGCUACUUUUCGCACGCCAGCUCAUACCGCGAAAAUGUAGCCUCUGCUCGCAGGGUAAUCAGCUAUAAUUAGAUAAUGAAUCAAUUCAAAGAGGACAGACUGCAAAUUGUUGUUGCUCAAAAUAUCUAAUAGUUAAAACUGUUCUUCGGUAGGAUGCGUAAAAUGUGUGCAAUUCCACAUUUGGUUUUGGCUUCAUUAAAUUCUUAAAAGAGAGAUAUCUAUAUUACAAGUCAAAGUUAAAUAAUUUCAGGUUUAAUUUCUUAGCCUAAUGCUCCAUUCACACAAACUUAACAUGUUUAAUUAAACGAGGUUUUUAAAAAUGAAAAGCAAAUACUGAAAACUGGAAUGCAGGUUUUCACACAGGAUUCAAAUGAAACUCAAUAUGUUUUGUAAUUUGCACUAAAUUUGCAAUUAACUUACGUCAGUAAGCAGCUUUUAUGAAGAAAACAAUUUAAACUGUGUUGAACUAAACAGCCUUUAAACACAUGACUUUUUUAAUCUUUGGUGUCAGUGGGACUGUUGUUUAUACCAAUUUCCUUUGUCUCCUAACCCUAAUUAAAAAUAUUAAAAUAAAAUCACUAGGAAGUGCCGAGUCAUAUUUGAAAUAGAAUGCCUAUAGAAUAAAUUACAAGGAAGCUCACUUUUCAUUUCUAUCAACUUUGAUUAUUGACUUAAUGCCCUUGUCAACUAAUCUACUGAAAUCACUAGUUUACCUUCACCUUCAACUUCAAGUUUUGUAAAGAGUAAAAUUAAAUUGUUCUGUUACUAAUAUUUUUUCUAGAUAAUAUGUCAGAAUGUAUUGUUCACAAGGAAAGUCUCAGGUGUCACUGGACGACUCAUCAAUCAUCAUUACUGCGCUCCAGAUCCCGUCGUCCCCUAUCUUUGGAUGACAGUCGUGUUGCUGAAGCGUGCUUAGUCGACAGUCCAUUUGACAUGUCUCAAUCAUUUGGUGAUGACUCUAGUGUAUUUUCGGCUUCACCCCGAUCCACUGAAGUAAAUGGAAGUUCCUUGUUUGAUUUGACUCCUACUAGACCCUUCAGUACAUCACCAAAUCCACAAAGACGUUUGUUUUCAUGUCCGGAAGGUGAGACGUAUACUGUUAAUGAAAUUAGACACCGGUCAGACAUGCAUUAGUUUAAAGCCAGCUGAGCAAGGAUUCGUACUGUUGGUUGGUGCGCAGCCUUCUCCAUGGCAGGUCUUGAGUUUGAUUUCUGGGUGUGAUGUCAAAUCCUUGGUUGUUGUUUACCGUGCGCAAAAAGUCUCCGGAAAACCUGGUCAGAAAGUAAAUGGAACUCAACUUUUUUGGUUGUCCUAGUGGAAAAUUUCUGGGAGCAAGCAAACAUCUGAAAAGGCAGUCCUGUUUUUCCGGAACAGAAUGUUCCAAAGGGAAAUUUCUGUUCCAUUUCUUGAAAGCCAUCUUUGAUACCAGUUUCAGGCCUUUCUAGCUGUUUUUCCUUAAAUGGAAUUGAUUUGAACAAAUGGUAAACGUGAUUCCUGGACAAAGUUUACCAGUUCUGAAUUUUAAUGACUGUUUCAGUGCUUUCUAAAUGGAGAAGUUGUUGUGACUUGAUUUUACAGCGGAUUUGAGUGGCAGCUUGCAACAAAUCUACUGAUUUUUGAACUGCUGUAAAAUCCCAGUUUUUGUCAUCUGUAGAUUGAGCUUUAAUGAAUUGUACUGGGUGUUAUUCUCUUCAACUGACCUUUCGACAUGGAUCAAAACUUGCAAUUCUGAAGAUAAAUGUUCCAGCAAAGGAAAACUAUCAGUAGUUCUAAUGAUUCCUACAUGUAAUAGUGAUUGACUUGAUAUGAUGAAGCAACUUUGGAAGUUGAGUGGCCUUUGAGAGUUGUAAUUGGAAACGAUUUGGUAAAAUAUUGACAAUAAAUCCUUUUUCAUAUUUUAUUGCUGUAUUUAGAAGAGCAUUCUGGGAGUCAUUGUUUAGAAUUGAAGCUUUCAGCAUAUUUUCAAAACACAGAUGCAGGGAUAGAAUUUCCCAAAAACGUUUUCCAGAUAAUUAUGGGUUAGACCACAUUUAGUUUCCCCUAAUAACAUUAGUUAGAAGGUAUAGUCGAGCUGAUCCCAGUUGAAGAUUUCUCUGACUCUUUUGUAAAGAAAACGUACUGACAGUGGGUCCAUGAAUGAUUACUUUGCAGAUAGAAGCUUGACUACUCCUUCUCCACCCUGUUUGCAAUCAUUAUUUUAUGAUAUAAAUGAGGAUGUUGGGGCCUCUUGGAGAAAGCUUGGAAGGCAUUUAUCAAUAAGGGAGUGUGUUCUUAACAAUAUUAAUGAAGACUUCAGUGGUGUUAGCGAAAAGGCGAUUCAGAUUCUUUUCAAAUGGAAAGAAGAUAAUGGUGCUUCUGCAACACCUGAGGCGCUGUUUUCCGCAUUACUGCACAUAAGACGCACUGAUGUAGCCAAGAAGUUAAUAUCGCUGUUUCCAACAUUGUUACCUCUGUCAUGUUUACUUGAAAAUGUUGUCACCAGUGACUGCACCCUUUAUGCCUCCUACACACUAAACCCAGAGAAUUUGAAGGUUAAAAAAGUGUUACAGUCAAAAGAUGAGAAGGUAAUGAUUAUAGGUUGCAAUCUUUAGUAUUGCUAAAUCAGAGCUAGUAAAUUUAUUAUAAUUGUUAUCCAGUUAAUAUUAUUAUUUAGCAAUUAUUGAAUGAGGCUGGUAGGAUGUGAAGAAUUACAUAUGGUUAAGCCCCAAUUGGUUAUGAAGAAUUAGCCAGGGGUUUGGAGCCCGUCAGAAAUGGCAAAAUAUUUUGAAUUAAUAAUAGUUUCUUAUAGUUAUUUGUUUACACAAGACAUGUUACAGUUACAAAGUUUAAAAUAAAAGAAAGUGACAAUAUCACAAACUGGAGCAAAAUUAUAUAAGAACGAAAAAGAAUGAUACAACAGUUAUAAUACUUCACAUAAAUUAUACAAAAGCAUUAGACCUGUUAAUCAACAGAUUUUCCCAGUAGGUUGAAUUCUUUCUAGCUGAUUGAAGAAGGGGGUUUUUCAAAAUUGUACACAAUUUCAUAAACCUGGAACAUUGAGUGACAUGAUGUACACUGUUUACCUUACAUGUAGUUGUAAGUUGUUAAUGUAUGAACAGGGCAUGGGAACAAAUAACUGAAAGAGAACCCUGUUAAUUAACUGGCGGAUGAUAAGAGGUAAAACUUCCAAAACAUUAUAUAUGUUACAGGACAAAAUUGAAAUUAAGGUUAAAAUUUUUAACCUAUUGAUUCUCUAUUUUCUUGUAUCUUAUUCAUGGCAAAGGAAAUUGAGUAACAACCUGGGUAAAAAAAUUUUCACCUGAAUAUAAUUUUGAACAGUAACAACCUGAAUAAGCUCCUUACUAACUCAGUGGAGAUAAAUGUAAGAGAUCGAGCUAAUAAUUGUCUUAAAAAAAGCAAGGUGAUCAUUUUUUUUCUUUUUUCGUAUUAUCUGUGUAGGUCCUUGUGUGCUCAACUUCAGAGUCAUCUGAAAGAUUUCUAUUAAAACAAGUUAAAGAUAAAGAAAACACAUUUGCUGUCAGAAAGGUAAAGCUACAAAAAAGGAAGCUUUUAAUAAAAAUCUGUGAUGACAAUGGUAGACAAAACAUCAACACAACAAGAGAAUUUGCGCUUCUUCAAACUUCAAAUGUUUGCAAAUUUUUAUCAAAUUGAAUUCUCAAAGACUAUCUAAGUUCAAAAAAAGAAACAAAAUAAAUGAAACUUUUUACUCGUAUUCACUUCCCUCAUAAAACCGGAAACAGAAAGUUUGAUGUAGUUGUGCAACUACAGCAAAGAAAUGUACCAUAAAGCAUGAUGCAUGUCUGCAAUUUUGCCAAUCUAAACCUAUUACUUUUUUGCCACUCUUGUUGCCGUCACAGUAGUUAUAACUGCUAAAGCUUCCUAUUAUGCAUAAAAAGGUAAAGUGUUAUACAUGAGAGAACUGUGCCUGGUCCGGUCAGUCAGUAUGGUUACGUGAAAGGGUCUGUUACUGUAUAAAAUUCUUCAACUGAGUGAAUUGUUUGUUUGUUCCCACAUUUUUCAAAGUCUUCCUUAUUAAUUUUUCAAGCAAACGUAAGGUAAACUUGGAGAGAAAUCUGUCAGUUUGUCAAAAGUAUUAAUAUUAAUAAUUACAUUUAUGUGAUCCUGCUCCUCAUCAUUCAAACAUUGGAUAGUGCUAUGCAAAGGAUAGAUCACUAUCCAUCUGGCCCUGGUUGGAUAGAGCUAUCCACCGCAUAAGUCACUACCCAGAGGAGCACAAAAACAAAUUGUGCUAUCCUUUGGAUGGUUAUUUAUCCAGUGGAUAGCACUUGAUAUCCACCUUUCGAACAACUGGGGCCAGAUAAGUAUUACAGGCAAAAAAUGUGUUAUCCACUGGAUAGAAAUUUAUCUAGUGAAUAGAAUACACCCUUUGAACACCCUGGCCCUGAAGGCUGUUGACGGCAUAUUUUGUUCUUGCCCUGAUUUUGUAAAUCAAUUUUUGAACUUUUUUGUUUUCUCUUUAAACAGUGUUUAGACUGUAAGGCACUGAGACAACAGCACAAGCAGUUGCGUAAGACUGAAGAAUUUCUCAAAGAACUAGAGAUGAAACAAAAAAUGGUCCAAGACCUGCUUAAUGUUAUUGAACAGCUCCAGAAUCAUCUUCUUACUCAACAUGAAGCCAUCACCCAGGAGCAAGUCAGUUGCCACAACUGUGGGCAGUAUAAUAUCAAACAAGAUCUGAUGCUUAAGGAGUUGACCCUUUUACAUCAUGAACUGGAAAGGAUGAUUAAAAGCAACCGUCGAAUCUCAUUUAGUGGAAUUCCUACUGAGAGGAUCUACAACGUGGCAACAAGAACCUACACUGUGUGUGAGGAACACAAGGAAAUGCACACUGAACACAACAAAAGACGACAGAGCUUCUGUCAACAUCCUGAGAACUUAACAGAAUCUGAUGAAGGUGAUGACUACAUUGAAGGUCCUUUAAUGGUUAGUAUCAGCUGACUUUGUUGGGAUGUAUUCAGCUCGAAAGAAAAAAAAGACACGUAUACAAUGCAUAGAUGCACAACUAUGGAUGCAUUUUUAAGGGAAAACCAUAUUAGUUUGAGACAUAUCAUUGACUGAUCUUGUUAGUCGGUUGAAUGUCCUUGGUAUUAUCUUGUGGUUGUGCAAUGAUAAAGAAGAGAUGGUGGCCAAUUUUGAGCCUGGUGAAUAAAUGAGAAAGAUGCUUGUAGGUGGCUUGAAAGAAAAAAAUUGGGGUACUGAGACCUAAUAGGAGUCAAACCUAUUGCCUUCAGGCAACUAAGUCCAAAUGCUCUACCUUUGAGAUACAAUAAACUAUCCACUGCUAGGACUACAAUGUCGAUAAUUAUGUGGUUUUGCGCAAUGUUGGGUUAAUAGGAUCUAAUACCGAAUGAUGCAUCUGGACUAGUAAUCGGAAGGUCGUAUGUUUGACUCCUAUUGAGAGUACUCAGAGUUUUUCUUCUGAGCCACCAGUGUAACUGACUAAAAAGCAUUUCUCAUCUUGUGGUCGUUUUGAAGCAAAAGGGGAAAGACGAAGCAAUAAUGGGAAAGGAAAAAACAUUUUACCCCUACUGACAUGAUAUCAAACAUUUAGCUCAAAGUUACAUAUAACAAUGUUUUCACUGUGAUAAUGCCUUUCAAUCAGGUUGUUUUAAUAGUGUGGGUAGUGAGUUCAUUCAGCAAUUUGGUGAAAAUUGAAAGUGAAAUAUCAGAGGUGAUUCCUUGUUGUUUCUCUUUAGUGUACAUUGAAUGUCAUUUUUGUUAUUGGACGGCGGCGCAAAGUUACCCAAUCCUUUAAACCAAAGAAAUCUACUGCUGGUGAUAAAAUGAAGGUAGACUAUUUUUUAUUAUUUUUAUGCCAUUAUAGUCAAGUCUACUGCACUGUCAUUGAUGAAUAUUUUGGUUUAUGUAACACCCCACCUCCAGUACUAUGUCUUGUUUGACCACAGGGUUACCAUCUUCUGUUGGUGUUACAUCCCUGUGCUAGCUGCAAUUAAUAACCAAUAAUAUUGUAUUAAUAGUUAUGUAAUGGCUCAGAGCAAUUUGACUUGUGUAAAUUUUAUUUUUACAAAUAGGGAAGCUUAACUAAAGUUUUAAUUUGUUCCAGCUCACCAAGUCCAACAGCAAUCCUCUCUCAUCCAGUGAAAACUUGGGGGUCUCAAAACGACACAGCUACCUGCUUGCACAAGAAAGUCCCAUCAUGAUUUCAAGUGUGGAACAGUCACAGUCACCAAGAGACUGGUCUGGAGUCCCUGCUUUCACGGUACUUAUGUAGACAUUUACUCUAUUAAUAUUGAAACGUGGUGCUCUGGGUGACAAACUGGAAGCUGAUUGGCUGAUUGGAGUAUUUUUAUGGUGUAUAAUUCCGACGUUAAUGGCUAAUAGAUAAAUGGUACUGGCAUUGGACAUCACAAUAAAAUUAGUUAUGCCAUUUCAAGAAGCAGUACAGAAAUACCAGGACUGCUAGCUUUUUCAUGCCUCUGAAACUUUGAUUUUGACUAGGCAUGCUGUGGUACACAUGAAAAGUAAUUUAUCAUCAAUAUUAUUUAUUUCAGAUGUGCUCCGAUUUAAAAGUGCCAUGUUCAAAUACUACUUUGAGUAAGUGCAUAAAGGAACAGGCCAGGAAUACAAACCUUGCAGAGAAUCCUAGUACAGCUAAAAUUGGUAGAAACAGUCAGGAGAUCAUCUCCCUACGUUGGUGGGAAGGU